AUUCCGUCGAAUUUAUUCUCCUUCAUCAUGACCAUCACAGUAUAUGCGGAUGAACUCCUACGUCUAACAGUCGAUGAUAUUGGAGAUGAGGAGUUCUUCGAGAUUAAGGACCGAGAGAACGAGACUGAGGAACACGUAGCACAUUUACGAAAACUUUAUCAUGAACGCGCUGAGAAGGAUCGGUCGCGGGCGGUGGAUGCAGGUGAACUUGGCAGACGAUUAGGGUAUGAGCGAUUUGCCCCAAAGGAUAAUACUGACCGCGACCAAGGUGUCUUCCUACCGCAGAUUCAUUCAUCCCUUCGUUCAACCGUCACCGCUCGCCUUCCACUUCGACUAUCGACGGCGAAAAAGAUAAAGGGGGGGCUUGGCAAGAGCAACUGGAAUCCUAUCAUGAGUUGGUAGCUGAUGGAGGUCGACCGUCUCAUCCCGUGGCUCUUGGGUGGGACGUGAUAGAAAACCCCAACAAUUAUGAACAGUACAAGGACAUUAUCUGGUUUUGGCACUGGAAGGGAGGUUAUUACACAGUAUUUUUUACUCAACUCAUGGAGUGGAGGCGAUUCCGAGACAUGCAGGACAAGAAGAGGAGUUAUUACGUCCCACGAAACAGGUUUCAAGAAUACCAAGACUCCGUCCGUGAGAGCCAAACAGACGCUGGAUGGAAUUACGACCUCCGAGUACUCGAGGACAGACACCAACAGAAUCGGUUGGAGGACUGGAACGAGUUUCGAGCGCUCUACUAUCGGAGGCUCAAAGCUUGCGAGAAACGGGUUCCGCGGGCAGAGGAAGACCUGUCAAUGUAUCAGAGGAAGUUUGAGGAUGCCCAAGCACGAUUGACCGAUGUUAUUACCGAUCCUCAAGUCCUGUAUGGCCGAUUUGACGAUAUUCGGGCUUCAGAGAAAGAAGUGAUGGAAGCGAAAUCAAGAGUGGAGUCAGCCGAGAAGGCAUCACAGGUGGCAAAACAAAACAGGUCAAAGGGAAAGUCAGCGUUGAUGAGAAUCGCGCUCCAGGAAGUCGCCUCUGCGAGGGACAAUUUAAAGAAAGUAUCUGGUUCCGAAGAAUUGAGAAGUCUCCGCGAGGGCUAUGAAUUGCAUAUUACCCGGCAGAGCAUGAUUCGGUCAAAAGCCGAGUUGAGUGGAGCGGAGCGCAAUGUUCAGAGAUGGAAAGUGUUCUUAAAGUGGAUCGACGGCCAGUAUCCCGUCAUCGCUGGCGAAUGCGGGUUGUUCGCCCGUGGUGCAAGUCGUGUUUCUUUCCAACCCGCGAAAGGAAUAGAAGAUCCUCGGAGCCAGAAAGAGCGGCCGCAGGCGCGCCAGAGAAGACGCAAAAACCCGCGGUCUGUCCUCAGUCCUAAUAUUUCUUCGAAGGUCUCAAAAUCCUCGAAAUUCUCGAAACGCAGAGUGACCUCUCCCAGCUUCCGUCCGACGAUCACAACCCCAUUGGCCGGCCCGCUACAGGAAGAUGGCCACUGCGUGUUGGUGGUUGCUCCAGCUCAGCAAGGAGAUAUUGACCAUAGUAGAGAGUCGCGGCUGUCGCCAUGUCUAACUAAAUCGACACCACAACCCACCCGGAGCAGCGCUCGAAUCGCGGAAAGAAAAAGAUGUUUACAAGAUUCCAAUGCACCAUCUGAAACUCUGAGAACCAUGAGCAAAGAUGUGCAUGAGCUGUCAAAAGUGAAGCCACGAAAGGAAAAGAGCUUGAGGAGAGCGACGACGAAGAGUGGCGAGCGCCUCAAACGCAGGCAUCCAUCGAAACCGCAAGGCGUCACAAAGCGGAAAGGCCGUCCUCGUUGAUGAUGGGAAAGGAGGGAGAUAGCGCGUCGGAUUAGGAACGGCUGCAUAUUGAAUUAUCGAUGUAGCACUUCGCAAUGCAUUGAUGACACCAUGCUAGAUCUUAUUGUACAACCCACUACCUGGCGGGGCCAAGCCGAAGCACCUCACCAACGCGUCCUGCCGCAUCUCAACCAUCACGAAGCGCGUCACCAACACCGCAGUUACUGCAUAGCAUCAUCAGCCGUCUGGAGAUUUACCCAUCAACAUGGACAUACACAGAACUGCCUCCACGACAGCUGGUGUAACAAAAGCAGUCAGUGGCACCGAAUUGGGGCCAGGCGUUAGGCAUGGUGACGGGACACUCGUUGGUGAUGGUGGCGACGGACGAUACGAUCUCGAUAUAUCCUCUCGUGCAGCAAUUGGUGUGGUAUUGGUUAGUGCAACAGAAGAGAAGGAGUCGCGCGUCGAGCAAGUGGUGCUAGUGUUGACAGCUGGCUUCCCUACUAAGGAGUAUAGUAGCUAGCCAGUGUGCUAGACACUCCUCCCCCACGCGCAAACGGCACUACGGCACCAAGAGAAAGGAGUGAAAAAUUGUGGGGAUGCCCAGUAGAACGUUUCGUGGCUUUCUGAUGGAUGUCCGGACAGUAUGACAGUAUAUUGAACAUGUCGUGGAGUUAACUCAUAGAAUGUUCACAUUUCUCUGCAUGAAGUUCGGGAGCACUCCACACUCGAUCAUCUGCGAGGCGGUAUGGACAUCUCGCCGCAUGCCCGCUCGUACCUCGACGAUGAAGAUAAGCCAGCCAAAGCCAGACCUCGCCGUUGUUUUCAAGGUCUUCUACCAUCAUUCCGGGAGGUUUACUCCGAAAUCUGUCCCAGCUGGCCGAGCUUAAAGGCCACGUGUGCCAGGAAAGGGUUCAAAAGGGACAGAAAGAUCGCGCCUUUCAUUUCUUCUCGGUCGAGGUCAAGCAAGCUCGGUCAGAUUGGCAAUACCGAGGCAGAAGUUCAAAAUCUCAAUAAUGCCUCUCAAGCACUACACAACAUGUACCUUUUGAUGAAGGAAGCCGCAGAGGAAGAGCUUUUUUCGCCCAUGGACGGCCUUUUCCUGCUGUGGCAAAGCUUGACAACCUCGAGUGGACAUUCCUCCGGGAUUGGAACCAUGUUUUCGAAUCGGGUAGCAUCACCGUACACUGUCGCGCUCGAGCUGUAAAUGAGUCGAUGGAACUAUGUCGUACAAUACACCUCAGCAGAGUAAUGGUGCCUCCGACGUUGUUAUAGUAAUACUCCAGAGGGAUGAUUCGACUUUCUGCCACGGCCUUGAGGGCCGCGGGAUGAAUCACAGGAUAAAGUCCAGGGUUGUCAACAAACGUCUUGGCCAGACCGGCUGGG